UGUAUGAGACUGAGAGAGAGGGAGAAGUAGGUCUGACAGCAGGUUAUAGAGAGAUAGAUGAAGUUAUGUGUUUAACAUUAUAGUGAACUUACAGAGACAUCAUGACGCAGUGUGACAGGAAGUUACAGAUCUCCACCAGAGCGAAGCUAAACAAGUUUAACUCUCUGAGGGGUCGGGAGGUUCGGGGCGCCGGGUUCUGGGACCUGGUGGUUCUCACCGCGGUGGAUGAGAGUCAGAGAGCCGCCUACGAGCUGCAAGUCCGGGGCAAAGUCCACAGAGGAGAGCUUCCUCUGGGGAUCCACUACCAGGUCUUCUCUGAUCCUCCUGGAUCCAAAGUAGGGAAUGGGGGCUCCACUCUCUAUGCUCUGCAGCGGCUGGACGACCUCUAUGGAAAAGCUCUGAGCACAAUGAGAGUCAUCCUGAUUCAUGCAGGGGGGUUCAGUCAACGCUUGCCUAAUGCCAGCGCCCUGGGUAAGAUCUUCACGGCCGUGCCGCUGGGUGACCCCCUCUACCAGAUGCUAGAGCUCAAACUGGCCAUGUACGUGGAUUUCCCAUCUCACAUGAAGCCUGGCGUUCUGGUGACCUGCGCCGAUGACAUAGAGCUCUACAGCAUCGCAGAGGAUGAACAUGUGAGUUUUGAUAGGCCUGGUUUCACGGCUCUGGCCCACCCCUCCACGCUGUCCAUUGGAACCACCCACGGCGUUUUUGUGUUGGAUUCAUGUGAAAAGUCGGCUCACUCGGAAAUGGAGAACGGUUCCUGUUUGCGCUUCCUGCACAAACCGAGCAUCAAGAAAAUGCAGGAGUGUGGUGCUGUUUGUAAGAGGCAGAGCGGUCAUUCCGAUGAGUUUGUUUACACAGACAGCACUUAUUAUGUCGACUUUGAGGCGACAAAGACUCUUCGUAACCUGCUGAAAGAGCUGGAGCCUCUGCAGUGUGAGAUAGACGCCUACGGGGACUUUCUUCAAGCUCUCGGACCCAACGCUACAAUCGAGUACACCAGCAACACCGCAAAUGUCACUAAAGAGGAGAGAGGACUCGUCGAAAUCCGUCAAAAGAUCUUCCACCUCCUACAUGGGACUCCCUUGAAUGUCAUCCUCCUCAAUAACUCCAAGUUUUAUCACAUUGGAACCACGUCAGAAUACCUGUUUCACCUCACGGAGGACGUGGCUCUGAGGAGGGAGCUGGGCCUCCUGUCGUCUGCCUUCAGCGUGCAUGGGAGUGAAAGCUCUGGCUUCUGUGUCAUGUACAGCGCCCUUGAUCCUGGUUGCUCUGUGGGAGCAGGAUCGGUGGUGGAGUACUCCAGGCUGGGAGCGGGAGCAUCUGUAGGUAAAGGCUCCAUCGUCAGCAGCUGCUGGGUCGGUCCGGGCCUCUCAGUGCCCGACGCAGUCUUCAUGCAUUCACUGUGUGUGAACCACCAGGACCGCACUGGGUUUGUCACUGUCGCCUUCGGGAUUAACGACAACCUGAAGCACAGCGUGGAGGGCCCUGCUUACGUGGACAAGCUGCAGCUUUUGGGGUUAAACUUGGCUGAGUGUCUCUGCAGCUGGGGGAUGGAGAGCGAGGUGCUGAGGUUCUCCGGUGACUCAUCCAGCUGCAGUUUGUGGAACGCCUGUCUGUUUCCUGUUUGCUCAGAUCAACAAAGCUCGUUCUCAUCGUCUCUGGAAAUGCUGCAGGCCGUGCUGAGUGGCUCCACCAUCCCCCUGCCCAGAGGAGCAGAGCUGCUUUCCAUGCAGGAGUGUUUACGGAGUAAGAGCCUGGAGGAAAUGUUGGAGUUCAGGACGGGCCUGUAUAAUGACAUUACACCGAGAAAUCUGAACAGUUAAACCGGUUACGUUUGACUGAUUAUGUAAAAUAUAGACUGUAUAUCAAGAUGGACAACAUGACAGCUCCCCAAAACGGACACCAAAUCAUCUUGUUUGCCCCCCUGGUGGCUGACUGCAGUACAUGUCAUAAACCCUGCAUUAUUCAUGUUAGCGGAUGGAACAUGGGCCAAGCUGAGAAGUCAAAAUACAUUUUAAUUGGUUGAAAGUGUAUCAUUGAAACCUCGACACACAGAAUAAUAUAUUCUUAUGUUUAAAAAUAAAUACAAUUUUAAAAUGUCCUUAGCUUGUUUUUUAAGCUCAUAUCUCGAGGUCCGAUGAAUAAAGCCAUGUGUGUUAUGUUCAUAUGCUGAAUAUGAAGACUGUGGCACUUAAAAUAAAUAUUGCUGUGUCUAUAAAAAAAUUAUAUUAAUGAUUUGCUUGACAGACCCCAAAGUAUAUGUAGUUUACAUAUAUUUUUGGGUUUAUUCAAUCUGUAAGAAUGUCAAAUUUAAAUUUAAGUGUUUAUUACGUAUGUUUUUCAAGAUGUUGGAAAAAAAUUGAAAUUAAAACUUUAACAUGACAAAGAU